AUGUCUGAUGAACGGUUUUAUCGCAUGCUAGUGUUGCUCGAGGACGUAGUAGAGGAAGAUGAGAAAAGCACCCAGGAGGACGAAGCUCCAAAAGCUACACAUGAGUUUGUGGAUGAGCUUAUAUUGCCCUUCGAGAUCGAAGAGAUGGAUAAACUUAAUGAGUGGUUCGACAAGUUCGACGCCGAAAUUUGCAUCCCCAAUGAAGGGUUUAUAAAAUACGAGAUCAGUAGCGAUGGGCUGGUCAUGCUGCUGCUAGACAAGUCAAGGGAAGCAGUAGCCAAUCAGGUCCGUGCCUUCGUGCAGCGUACUAAAGCUGAAGGCCCGGAUAACGAAGAUGAAGACGAAGACGAAGACGAAAACGAAAACGAGAAUUAA